AUGGAUUUCAGAUCAAAGAGGGUCAAACAGACGAUAUAUCACCAAGGGAUACAAAUUUUGCUACAGGCGAUCUGGACGGUGACUGUCCCAAGUGGUCGCUUUUGCCGUCUCUUGAGAUCAGAAUCGGCCGCUCAUUACAUACCAAUCAGCAUUGAUGUACGUGAUUUUUCUGAGAUUGUACGGUACCUGACGCAAGAGCGGGAAGGUCCAGACUUGGGGAAACGCUUCGCUCAGGACAGUUAUGAGUGGUCUCGUCGCGUGCUGCGCAAUGAAGACCUUAAAGUGAUAUGGUGGAGACUGAUGCUGGAAUUUGGAAGGUUGAUCAUUGAUGAUCGCGAGAUAAUGUCUUUCAGUGUAUUUAUGACUUUAUACCAACCCCACCUCACUUGA